CCCGCUGCGACCCCCGCGGCCGGCAGCGGUUCCCCGAGGGCUGCGGCUCCUCGAUGCGGGCCCUGGGCUGUUACCUGCGUGUUGCUGCCGACAACACGCUCACCCCUGAGGUGACCCGCUCGGCCCUCCCUAAAAGCGAGAGCUGCCGCGUUGUUAUUAUUUUUGUAACCGCUAAGCUGUGGGAUCAUCCAGCCCUGUCAAAACUGAAGAUGGGGAUGCCUGCUUAGGAGGCUGCGAACUUUGUGUAUGCACCGCUGUGUGUCCUGAGGAUAGGCCAGGCGGCUGGGUAGUGCACGGGCUGAGACCUGUUCUGUGCACGGAUGGAGUGGGAAUGGGAGGCUGCUGGCAGAGCUGGCCUUGGGUAGCAGGACAUGUCCUGGAACUGGCCGCUGCCUGUGGCUCAUCUCCAUCCAUCACGGUUCAUUUGCAGUAUUUCUUUCCCUGAGCUCAAUAUUGUGGAAAUGAAUCUUCGAAGAGAAUAAAUUUAUUUCCUGUAUUAAGAAGUUGAGUAGAAUUCAGUUUCCAGGUGUAGAAGGAGGAAACUAUGAAGACUGUGCUGGUGUGAAGGAUAUGUAACAUGACACUGAUAUUCUGGACAGUUUUUAGGAGCCUCUGUGAAGCUGUUGUUUUGAAGUAAUGCCAAUAGAAAGUGGAAGUUGUGCAUCUGCUCGCCAAGCAAAGCAGAAACGCAAAUCGCACAGUCUUUCAAUCCGAAGAACCAACAGUUCUGAGCAAGAACGGGCAGGACUGCAGAGAGACAUGUUGGAAGGGCAGGAUUCUAAACUACCAUCUUCUGUUCGGAACACACUCCUUGAACUUUUUGGACAAAUAGAGCGGGAGUUUGAGAAUUUAUAUAUUGAAAAUUUGGAAUUACGUAGAGAGAUUGAUACACUUAAUGAACGUUUAGCAGCCGAAGGACAGACAAUUGAUGGAGCUGAACUGAGCAAAGGACAACUGAAAACAAAAGCUAGCCAUAGUACCAGUCAACUUUCUCAGAAAUUAAAGACAACUUACAAGGCAUCUACUAGCAAGAUUGUAUCCAGUUUUAAAACUACAACAUCAAGAGCAAUCUGUCAACUGGUAAAGGAAUACGUUGGCCACAGGGAUGGCAUUUGGGAUGUCAGUGUUGCGAAAACUCAGCCAGUGGUUUUGGGAACCGCAUCUGCUGAUCAUACUGCUUUGCUGUGGAGCAUAGAAACGGGGAAGUGCCUUGUCAAGUAUGUAGGGCAUGUUGGAUCAGUAAAUUCCAUAAAGUUUCAUCCGACUGAGCAAGUGGCUCUUACAGCAUCUGGAGACCAGACAGCUCACAUCUGGAGAUAUAUAGUACAGUUGCCUACACCUCAGCCAACUGCAGACUGCAAUCAAGCAUCUGGAGAAGAUGAAUAUGAGUUCUCAGAUAAAGAUGAACCUGAUGGAGAUGGAGAUGCUUCUAGCGAUUGUCCCACUGUCAGAGCCCCAUUAACUUCACUCAAAAGCCAUCAAGGAGUGGUCAUAGCAGCUGACUGGCUUGUUGGGGGGAAGCAAGCAGUGACGGCUUCAUGGGAUAGGACAGCAAACCUGUAUGAUGUAGAGACUUCUGAAUUAGUCCAUUCUCUUACAGGGCAUGACCAAGAGCUGACACAUUGUUGUACACAUCCCACCCAGCGUCUUGUGGUGACGUCAUCACGUGAUACAACUUUCCGUCUGUGGGAUUUCAGAGAUCCUUCUAUCCAUUCUGUGAAUGUCUUUCAGGGCCACACAGACACUGUGACAUCUGCAGUUUUCACUGUGGGAGACAAUGUUGUUUCUGGUAGUGAUGACCGCACCGUAAAAGUUUGGGAUUUGAAAAACAUGAGGUCUCCUAUUGCAACCAUUCGUACAGAUUCUGCAGUAAAUAGGAUUAACGUAUGUGUUGGCCAAAGAAUCAUCGCCCUUCCACACGACAACCGGCAGGUUCGGUUAUUUGACAUGUCAGGAGUGCGGUUAGCACGCCUCCCUCGCAGUAAUAGACAGGGCCACAGAAGAAUGGUGUGCUGCUCAGCCUGGAGUGAGGACCAUCCGAUAUGUAACCUCUUCACCUGUGGAUUUGAUCGUCAGGCUAUUGGCUGGAACAUCAAUAUCCCUGCUUUGUUACAAGAAAAGUGAAGUGCUGGAAGAAUUCUUGCAUUUUAUGUUGCUGUGGACUGCUGUACAUCUGCAGACUUCUCUGAAUACCGGUCUGCUAUUGGUCUAAAAGCUGUUCCUUGAAUGGAGACUUCAGCAGAUGUUGUUCUUGUUACCACAUUGUGCACAGUUUGCAUGAGUUGUACAGAAAAUGUGAUUUUUUUUUUCUUCUUUUUUUUUUUUUUAAAUUAGUUUGUCUUGUGUAUGAACUUUUAUAUUUUGGAAUCCACUGGUCAACAUGUUCACUGUUGCAUAGAGCACAUAAAUGUUCAUAAGUUAUUUAGCGUUUGAUAGAUAAACAGUAGGGCAUUACAUUUGUGACAUAAAUGUGAAACUUCUGUAGUUAAUGUAGAGAGUGUAUAGCAGUCUGUUACGUUUUUCCAUGAUCUACAUAUCUGCCUUGUGUCAAAAAGAAUCUGCAGGGCUAAAAGUUUGAAAUGAAGUGUGAAUUUCAUUAGUUGUAUGAUUGUAAACAUUUUCCCGUUUGCAUCUGAUUGGAACAGUUAUUUGUUAGUGCUGCAGCAUAGUGCAACUUCAGCUCCAUUUUCAGUCCAGUUAUGGGAGAAAUAGUAGACUUGAGAAGGAAAAUAUAAACAACUUGUAGUGAUUAUAGACUGCAAGGUGUAUUCUGAAAGCUUUUUGUCCUUUUUCUUUGGAGAAAGGAAAAUGUACAUUCUGCCCUUCUUAUAUAAAAGUGAUUCUAAAAAUCUCAUGGCAUUUCACACUAGCAAAAAUCCAGAAUAUUAUGAUCUAGUCAAGCAAAUUUUGAAGCACUUUAGUUUAUAGCUAUUGUUAUAAACCAUUUAUGAAAGUUUGACUUUACCAGUGAAUGUGAGCUGACCUUUGUAAGAAGGAUUGCUUCUUUUUGGUGAUCUGCCCAGAAAGGAUAUAUUUUUUUUUCUUUUUUUGUCUUUCUUUUCUUUCCUAUACCUGCUAUGAGGAUACUUCUAAAUGUGUUCACUUCCUUUUUUUUUUCUUUGUUUCCUUUUUUUUCUUUUUUUUGAGCCAGCAAUACAAAGUAAAUUAGUACUACCUCAAAAGUGAAUGUUGGUCAAGAAGCGCUGAGUCUCUCUGUAGCCUAGGGGAAAAAAAAAAAGCACUUUUGGUCUCUGGCUGAAGUACUAUUUUUGACAUGAGAGGAAAGACAAUCAUACUUAAUGUGAUCCUUAACAUAAUUAACACUUAAGGCUAAUGGAGCAAUGUGAUAAGUAAACAUCAUCUGUUACCUUUGUGUUCUCAGCUGUGGCAAAGGGCUGCAGUGGUCUUUAUACUGUUGUGAACGGGAUAAUUAAUGUAGAAUUCCCUUCUUUCUCCCAAAUGAUCUUAAUCUGCCUUUUCUCCCCACUGUGCUCAGCCUUUUUUGCACUGGCAGUGCCGUGUUAUACCACAGCUGCUGCUUAUUUAAGUAAAUGCAAAUGGCAGCUGACAUCUUUGAAAGAACAGAAAGGCUGCUUCAGACAGACACUUCUUUUUAGCUAGAGGGAGAUCCUGCCCCUGUCUGACAUAUCACACUGUAAGAUGAAGGGUGAGGGUAAGCUAAGGGUGUGCUGGUACAAUGGGAAAGUUUAUGCUGGGCUGCCAUUAGAUAAGUAAUUGGAACUUUUUAUCUCAUUCUUUGGAUUAUGUGAAGCUGUAGCUGUGCUCAUGUCCUCUAAACACAGUUCAGGCUGAUGUGUUUACUGGGUUCCUUGUUGACUGACAU